UGAAGGAAAACAACCUCCUACUUCCAGGCUGUUUUCAGAAGGGGAGACUGAGAGAAAAAGAGUGUUUAUUUAAGUCGUUCCCAGAUGGCUGAACAGUACACUAGCAGAAAGCCUGAGCAGCGAGGCAGUGUCAACCGUUCACCAACAUUCAAGAUGGCUCGCACUGUGUACUUUUGUUGGAUUCUCCAAUACACCUGCUGCCUCCUUGUGUACUCACAUCUGGUUAUUGAAGAAAAAGACCCAGAAACUCCACAAAACAAGAAUAUUUCUGGUCUCCAUCCUGAGCAGGAAUCCAAGUAUACUGGCAUCUCCAUUGUAGAACUGCCAAAUAGUAGAAAAAUAAAUUUCAGAAGAGAUGGUAGAAGAAUGAGCCCCAAUCCACCCAAAAAAAAUAACAGAAUUGCAAUGGCUCAUAAGGUGAAGAAGCUAAAACCAGAGAACGGUCAUUGUGUGCCACUCUGGGGAAUGUGUCUUCCACCAUCUCCACGAUGUUGCAACCCUUGUGCCUUCUGUCACUGCCGAUUUUUCAAUACUGUCUGCUAUUGCCGGAAGCUAAAUGCCAAGUGUUUGGACAAAAUGUAAGCAGUUGCACCCGUGAUGAAGAAUAGCACAGCCAGCCUGGCUAUAAAAAAUUAAAAGUAAAUACUAUGCAUGUCUUCUUGUUGGUCACUGUCAAAUCAAAUUAUGGAUAAGGAUAAAGGUAUUCCAAUUGAUUGAGAAUUAUUUACAAAUCAACAGUAAAAAUACAGAACCUUCAUUGUUUUGCGCUAUGUCUGUGAAAUUGAAGGCUCACAAGCCCACAUCUAAAAAAACGUUUGGUAAAUGUUUUGGGGUGGAGGAAAGAACACCAAGAGAGUCAUUUAUCAAUUGCAAAUACAAAAGUGUGACUUACACCACCUUUGCAAAUAAUCACACAACACCUUUUCUCAAAAAUAAAAUUAAUAGAAUCGCAAAAAAAACGAUAACAUUUCACUUAACUUCCUAUCAUACCUCUGAUUCUCAAGUUUUAGCAGGAGCCUAUUGUCAUUGGAAUCUUUUUUUUUCAGAGCAAUAGCAUGAUCAUCUUAUGUAAUAAUGUGUUUUCUCAUAUAUAGAAAACACAGGGCAAGAUCUAGUUCAUUUUCCAAAUUUUGCUUGUCCUUGGAGGAAUAUUUAUCCAUAUUGUAGUCUAUCAUGGAACACAGAACUUUACAGCUGACAUUAGAACAUCAGAAACAGGAGCAGGAGUAGAUAUUUUUUCCCUUUGAGCCCGUGUCCCCAUUUAGUAAGAUCAUGCCUAAUCUGAUUGUGAAUUUAACUCCAUUUUCCUUCCUUACCCUCUUGGCAGUUGAUAAAUGUAUACAAACAGGAAAUCGCUCUGAUGAAUUACAUUUUUCUCCAGGAAGCAAUCAUGAUCUUCCAUAUGCCAAUAUUCCAACUUUCCUUCAACUUCAAUCAAGGUUCUCUUGAGUAUGUGUGGAUUUAAUGAACAAAAAUGGCCUUCUGUUAUUUGUUCUGUUCACAAAAUUGAGUGUCUGCUUUUUAAUGCUGUCUACAGCACUGGCUCAGAUUUUCCAAUAGACAAUUAUUUCUGUAGAGGGGCAAAGGUCCCUCUUGAAACCCUGAAGUAACAGAUUCAACAAUUCCAAUAGCAAUUCCAAAAGUAUCCAUUUAAAUCAGAUAAUUUAGAGGUUUGACUACAGUUAGCCUGAGAAUUACAUGAAAAUGUCAAAAGAUUGAAACUUUAGUCAAACUCCUAGGUAACUAUUAAACUGACUCCAUAACGCACUAUUCAUUCCCCCACUUAUAGCUCUCUUAGAUUUCACAUGCCCACCAGACUCUGACCUCACAUGAAAAUCCCCUGUUCACUGUGACCUGAGAGCCUCCACCCCUUGAGCACCCCUCCCUUCACUGUCCCUAACCCACAUCUCCAUCACUAGAUCUGCAAAGCCCCUCCACUGGACACAACACUUCCCUCCCGACCUGGAUUUGACAGCCCCUUCUCAUCCAGACCAAUUAACCCUCUCCCCCAGUGACCUGACAUCUUCUCAUGCCCCCCCUCCCCAGUCCUGUAUCUUUCCCGUUCCCCAUCAAGAUAAAAUGUUCUAUGUCAAUGAAACUGCAUUCCCUCCCAUCAAUGUGAUCUGACAUCCUCUUCCCCUCCUCACUGGGUCACAACAUCCCUUUCUCCCACUUGAAAACCCAACAUCCGCAACCCAAUCCUCUCCCAAUUCUCAGACCCAACAGUAUACAUUCUCUGCCACCAGAUAUUGUAGUCGCGUCUCUCCAAUCUCCAUUAAAACACUCCAUUAAUUAACUUGUACCUACCCACCUGAAAUCCUAUACACCUGGCACCACACUUACCCUUUCGCAUGAGCUGUCAAAGUGGUUGUCUGUACUGCUGAAUUUUCAAAUCUCAGAAUAUGUCAACCAGCAAGGAAAAGGGUCAUUGUUUGAAUUUUUCAACCAGUCUGUUAUACAGGGAGUUGUUAGAUUUCAGAUUUACUGUGCAUUCCCCAAGUAGCUGUGAUCAACAUUUUCUGUCAAAAAUCAUAGAAUUUUACAGUAUAGAAGGGACCAUUUUACCCAUCGUGUCUGAACUCACUUCCAAAAGAGCUACAUAAAAAGAAGAUCUGUUAAGUAAUGUUGAAGAAAAUGUGAAGACUGACAAGUCUGAAGAGGUCAUAUGUGAUCUCUUAUAAGAGUGAACAGCGUACUGUCUGAAAGCAGGCAGAUCUCUGAAUGAUUUCUGGAUCAAUAAUAUUUCACAAUAAUUAAGCACAAACUUCAUUAUACAGAAUGGAAGGUGAGGGGAUGUGCCAGGAUGCUUGCUGAAAGGUUAUCUUUCAUGAAUGGGAGAGAUCAGAACUAGUGUAUACUGAUUAAAAAUAAGGAAUGUCCCAUUUAAGAGACAGACUAAGAGAAAUGCUUUUUUCUCAAAGUACUGUUGAUCUGCAGAAUUCUGUUCCUCUGAGAACAAUGUAGUUGGGAUUAUCAAAUAUCUUUAAGGUUGAGUUAAAUAGAUUCUUGACUAAAAAAGAAGUCAAUGAUAUAUGGUUAGGCAGGAAAGCAAAGGCCACAAUCAGAGCAACAGUAAUUUUAUUAAAGCAGAAAAUGCUGGAGAAAUUUAACUGUUUCUCUGUCCACAGAUGCUGCCAAACCGACUGAAAGUCCCCAGCAUUUCCUGUUUUUAAUUUCAGAUUUCCAGUAUCCAUAGUAUUUUAUUUUCAUAUAAUUCUAUUAAAUGUCAAAUCAGGUUCAAGGGCUAAUUAGCCUAUUCUCCCUGCUUCCAAUUCAUGCUGUACAUAUGUAUAUCAAGUGCAACAGUGGAAAUGGCAGACUGUCUUCCACCUGAAAUUAAGUUACAGUAAAUUAAUUAUUUGAUUAUAGAUUAUUGCAGCGAAACAGGGUUAUAAUUAUAGGGGAUUUCAACAUUUGCCAACAUUAAUUGAGAUGACCUUAGUGUGAAAGGAUUAGAUAGGGUGGAAUUUUUAAAGUGCAUCCAGGAGGCCUUUUUGUGCCAGUACGUCGAUAUCUAGUAUUGGAGAUGGACAGUGUCAGACCUAAUCCUGAGAAUGAAUCCAGUUAAGUAAUUGAAGUUUCAGUGGAGGACACUUUGGGACUAGUGACCAUAAUGCUGUAAGGGAUAAGGAUAGUGUGCAAGUUAAGUGUCUAAACAGGGGGAUGGCAAAUUUCAUUAUUAUUAACAGGAGCUAGCAAACAUAGACUGGGAGCAGCUACUUGCAGGUAAGUCUACAUUUGGAAAGUGGUAGUCUUUUAAAAGUAUUAUAGCAAGAAUUUAUGGUCAGUGUGCUCCUCUAGGAGUAAAGGGCAAGGGCAGAAUGUUCAGGGAACCCUGAAUGUCAAGGGAUAUUGAUAGUUUGGUAAAGAAAAGGAGGGAAGCAUCUGUCAGAUACAGUGCAAUAAAAACAGUGGAAGCCUUUCAGAAAUAUAGAGUAUGAGGGCUGAUUAAAAAAGAAAUUAGGAAGGCAAAGAAGGGUCAAGAAAUAUAUUUAGUAGAUUAGGAAAACCUCAAGGCAUUUUAGAAGUACAGAUAUAUGAAAACUGAGAGGAUUACCGGGGAAGAGUGGGAUGUAUUAGAGACUUAUGCAUGGAACCAUUGGACAUGGGUGAGGUCUUAAAUGAACACUUCUCACUUGUAUUCACAAAGAAGACAUGGUAACUGGAGAUUUCAGUUAGGAUGGAGAGGUUCUAGAAUAUAUUAAGAUUAAUAAGGAGGUUAUUGAUGUUUAGCAAGCAUAAAGGUCAAUAAAUCCUCAGGGCCUGAUGAGAUGUAUCCAAGGCUGCUAUGGGAGGCAAAGGAGGAGAUUGCUGGAGCUCUGGCAAAUCCACGUAAUACUCCCCUGGCUGCAGGUGAUCUGCCAGAUGACUGAGGAUAGCUAAUGUUGUUCCUUUGUUCAAGAUGGACAGCAAGGAUAGGCCAAGUAAUUAUAGGCCAGUUCGUUUGAUUUUACUGUGAGGAAAUUAUUUGAAAAAAUUCUGCGGGAUAGAAUUAAUCAACACUUGGAAAGACAGGAUUUGGUCAGGGAUAGUUAGCAUGGAUUUGUUAGAGGGAGAGCCUGUCUGGCUAAUUUAAUUGAGUUUUUUUGAAAAGGUGAUUAAAUAUAUUGAUGACCGUCUUGCAACUGAUAAUGGUUUAUCUGGACUUAGGUAAGUACUUAACAAGAUCCCAGAAAGAAGGCUGGUGCAAAAGGUAAGAGCCCAUGGGAUCCAAGGCAAGUUGGCAAACUGGAUCCAAUUGGCUCACAGACAGGAGGAACAAGUGAAGGUGAAGAGUUGUUUUUAUGAUUCUAAGCCUGUCACUAGCAGUGUUCCACUGGUGUUGGGAUCCUUACUUUUUUUAUGUAUAUUAACAAGUCAGCUGUGAAUGCAGACGGUAAAGCUCGUAAGUUUGCAGAUGACAUAAAAAUUGGUGGCAUUGUUGAUAGUGAGGAGGAUGGUCACAGUUUGAUAUUGAUCAGUUGGUAUAUUAGACAGAGCAAUGGCAGAUGGAAUUUAAUCCUGAUAAAUGCGAGGCGAUGGAUUUUGGGAGAUCUAAUAAGGGAAGGACACCUAGACAAUACUGAGGAAGAGUACAUAGGAAGACUAUUGUAGACAAGUUGAAACUUUUUUUUACCAACAUGGUAUAGCAAUGAAUGUCUUCAUUGUUCCAGCAUUUUUUUCAUUAUUUAAGCUAUUGGAUCAUUGGUUCACAGGAUUAUUUGGAGCUGAGUAUUUACUUUCAAUGGCAUGUCUGCUCAUAUUCCUAUCAAUGAGCCAGCCUGACUGGUCGCUUAUCAACAAUGUUCUUGGAUAUGAUAUACUGCAGAGUUUCCAGUCAUGGUCCCAGUCUCAAAUCAACAUAUCAAGAUGCAACAAAUUCACUCCAAUGAGUCAUAGCUUACUUGCCUUGCACAAGGGGUCAACAGACCUACAUAAAAGCUGAAGUUCCAUUUAUAUAUUAUUAUCUAGGACACAAUGCUCUUUUGUGCAUUGCAUGCCCACAUUCUAUGUUAUUUCAACUCCCUUUCUGGUAAAAUAGAAUUGCCUAGCCAAUUUCAGCCAAAUUCUAGCCUCAGCUGAAAGAGUUCUGUCUUUUUUUUAACUCACAUGGUAGUUGGAGGUGAGAAUUUAAUUGGCAGGCUGUAAAGAAAAUAAUGAAUUCAUCUGUUUCCAACUUGCAUUUUUUGUUUUAUGAUUGUGAAGUACCAACUCAGGCGAAACAGUCAGAAAAGGAAUUAAUAACGCAUGUCUUCUCUUUUGGAGGGUGAUGCAACAGUAUGAGGUAAGCUUGGGGAUAAAAUAACAAAGAAACAUCAUUAAAAUUAUAAAAUUGGGGAUUGCUUAUUCAUCAUAAGGUUUCAGAACUUAAGCAAUGUCAAUUAUUACUGGCACAGUUGUGUACAGCAUGAUGUACCUGAAGGACAAACAAAGGCUCCAUAAUAAGUUGGGACCUUGUGAUACUGUGGUAGUGGCCCAGAGGUCUGAGUUCAACUCCCACCUGCACUGCAGCUGUUUCAUGACAUAUCCAAAAAGAUUGAUUAAAUAUAAUUAUAAAUAGAUGAAGCACAGAAGGAGAAACUUGGACAGUGGCAGAUACGUAUAAAGAACUAAUUUCAGAUAACUGCAGGGAUAAGAUUAGCAAAAUGCAAUGCAAUGAUAUCUACAACAUAGCGUCAGAUAGCACUACAUAGAAUAGGAAUAAAUGAAUAUACAGAAAUAGCCAAUAAGAAAGGCACAGAUAGAACAUAGAACAGUACAGUACAGGAAUAGGCCCUUCAGACUACCAUAUCUGUGCUGACCAUGAUGUUAUUCUAAACUAAUCUCACCUGCCUACACAUGGUCCGUAUCACUCUAUUCACUGCCUGUUCAUGUGUCUGCCUGAUGCUGAGAAAAUAGCAGAUAUGGACACUAGUACAAAUACUAACUCAAUGGAGUAAUAUACAACAUCAGAUACCAGACCAGGACAGGAAGGGUGUCCAUAUUAUAUCAAGUAGCAAAGUCAGAUGCCUGAAAAAUAUGAGAUGCAAGCACACCAAUAUUUGUUGGAUUCCAGCAUAUAACAAAGAGUGACAGCAAAAGAAAUUCUAGAUACUGAGACAGGAAUAAAUUCUAGAAGACAUGCAAACGUUGGCACAAAAAUAAAUAAUAGCAUGGAACAGAUGCUGACAAAGGAAUAACUAUUAGUCAAACAGGAAUAAACAGUACCACACGUACAGAUAGGUCACAUUUAUAUAUCAGCAAGUGGAGAUACUGACAUUGUAACAAAGACCCAGCAUAGGUAGAAGUACCAUUACAGGAAUAAUUAUCAGCAUAGGCACAGAAAUAAAGUAUAACACAGGGACAGGUAUAUGUUUAUUUCAUUUACAAUAUCCAUUCAGCAUCCGUUCUGUCAAGUCCCUUCAGGUUUGUAUAUGUUUCCAUGAGAUCACUUCCCAUUCUUCUCAACUCCAAAGGAUAUAAGCCCAAUCUGUCCAAUAAUCUUCCUCAUAAAUGAAACCGUCAUUCCAGAAAUCAGUCAAGUGAAUCUUCUCUAAACUGCUUCUAAUGGAGUUAUGUCCUUUUUUAAGGAAAGCAAACUAUAUAUGAUAUUUUAGAUGUUUUCACAUGAAUGCCUUAUUCAACUGUAGCAAAACAUCUCCACUUCAUAUCCUAUUCACCUUGCAAUAAGUUAUAACUUAACCAUGGAUUCAGAACUCCACAAGGAGUAAUAAAGAGCACAAAUAAGAAUCUACAAAAUUAAUUGAAUAAUAUAAUAAUCUGUUAUGGAAUAAAAAUACAUAAAAAUCCUUGCAAACAUUUUCAUUACUCUUCUGAAGUCAACGAUAUACUAAAUUAUUGCUUCAACUUGUGUAAAUUGACACCUUUGGGGAUAUUUUAACCCAAAAUACCAGAAGUAUAUUAAAAUGUAACAAUAAAAUCACAAGCAGAAGAUCAAACCCACACUCUUUUAAGGAGGCAGUGCAGAAAAUGCAUAGUCUAUCCAUAUCCAAAGAGCAGAUCACUCAUUUCAUUAUUUUAGAUCCUCAAUGCUGCGUAUUAUUAGGCUGGGAUGGAGCAAAUUUAAGUUCAAUUCUGGUCUCGUCAACAUCCACGCAAACUCACUUUCUAACAGGGUCCUCUACAUCCUGAUUAGAAGUGGGACUACAAUCAGUGUCACCUCUAGCCCAAGCAGGUCUGGGUUCAAGGGUCUCAGCCAUGACCUUUGGGGACAGGUUCAAGAGGCCAGAGAAAACUUGGUGGUGAUGGGUCCCAAAGGGAGUCCUUCAUCGUUCAUAACCGUAAACUGCUCAGUUAAAAUUGUUGGCUUUCCAUUUGGCAUGGGCCCUCCUCCAUCAUGGAUAAAAUACCAAUAGGCCCAAGGGAGAGAGGACUGCCCAACAUGUCUACUGCUCCUGUAAAAUUUCAGCUGGGUGAUUAUGAGCAGAAAGGUAAUGACCAGAAAUGCCUGCUGAAUUUUCUCAGCACUUCUGCCUUCAGACUUGAUGAUGGGACAAAACAAACUUUAACCCACCAUUAAUCUCAUUAAACCUGGUCAAUUCUGCUCGGUCAAAGGUUUACCUACUGUGUUUUCUGUGAAAUCCAUAAUAAUUUGGAUUUAAUGAAAACAUAAUACCAUUCAUGUUCUUCUGUGGAUACAAUGCAAAUUCUGUGGUACAAAUGCAAAUAGUCAAUUCAGUAUUCCUAUAUAUUUUUAAUAUUCAUAUUCACUUUAAGUGAAAUACAAAGCUAUUAUGAUACACACAUAUGUUUAUAUUUACAUUGAAUUUGUUGGUUUGUGCUGUGGUUCAGGAUUAUGAAAUGUUAUUCAUGGUUUUGUUUAUUUUGUGGACCAAUCCAAAAAAAUGAUUCAAGACAGAAGUCUUAAUAAGAACUAGUGCACGAAAUGGGGCAUGGCAGUUAACUGAUGUGCAUUACAUUUACUGCCUUUUGAGACCAUCAAAAUUAUACUCAAUUUGCAUGUUUUUGUGAAUUUUGCACUCAUCAAAGUGUGUUUUUGAGAAAUAGAAUUUUCCCUGUAUUGUGAUUACUGUAGGUGCACAGUAGAACAUCUUUACAUUCCUAAUGUGGUCAGUCCAACCUUAGUAAAUAAUACCCUAUUGCUACCAGCUGAAUAAUCUUUCAGCCUAUUGAUUUACCUUCGUCUAGUGACGGUAUGCAUGUCUGUUAGAGACAAUUGUAGGCUCAAACCCUAAUUCAAAUAUAAUCUUGACUGAUACUUCUGUUCAAUAGUGCUAUAUUGUCGCAGGAAUAAAAUAAAUUAAUUGGCCAUAAAGUGAUUGGAGACAUUCUGAAAUGUUGUAAAUAUUUCAAAGCAAAUUACUUUUUUCUUUGAAUGAGGCUACCAGUAUAUAAUUGGUUUAUGUUAAGGGCUCAUGUCCAAUAGGAAUCAGACUAAUAUUGCCUCAGAUUCCUUCUAAGAUAGAAAACAUGAGGGCAGCAGGCCCAUUAGGCCUUCAAUCCAUCAUUCUCUAGGCUACAUUUGAAACCAAAUUCGCUAUUCAUAUUUUGAUCAGUGCUGAUUUUAAAGCAGUGAUGUCUUACACAAUUGACAGCCAUGCAUUGUCAAUGUAAUCAAUAUUGUGUGCAUAGAUAUUGUUUGUUUUUUUCACUUGUGAUUACAAUAUGUUUUGCUCUUCCUGUUAUCUGCUUCUCUGUAAUAUAUAAUAAAUUCUUGCAUUGAUUUAA